UGCUUCCCAAAACGCGUCUUGCUCUACACCUAGCAGACAAGCGCAAGAAACCUCCCUUGGUCGCUCUCGCUCACUACCCGCCCCCCCGUACCGCGUCCCGGCCACGUCCCUUCCGCCCCGAUGUCGCCGGACCUGCCGAAACCAGGCAGCUGCCACGGCAGCGACGACGACGACGACUGCCCCUCUCCUCCAUCCUCCGAUGGCAACCGGCACCUGGUCACCCCGCUCGUGGUCACCGCGUUCGUCCUCGUCUUCCUGUCUCUCGUGUCCCUGUCCAUCUACUGCUUCAUCCGUCGCAGGAGGCGCCAGCGCCGGCAGCAGUCCCUUCUCGCCGCCGGGGCUGCCAACCCCGCCGCCCAAGGCGACGGCCCCGCCCCCGAGAUGGCUGGCGCCGCGACCGCGACCGACGUCGAAGGAGGCGCAGCUCCGGAUCCAGAGGAUGAAGAGGUCGUGCACCACGCGUGGCACAUCCGCACCGUGGGGCUCGACGAGGCGGCGAUCGAGUCCAUCGCGCUCACGCGGUACCGCGUCGGCGCGGGGACGCUGGGCGGCGCCGCCGACUGCUCCGUCUGCCUCGGCGAGUUCCUGGACGGCGAGCUCCUCCGGCUGCUCCCCAAGUGCGGCCACGCGUUCCACGUCCCCUGCAUCGGCACCUGGCUCCGCGCCCACGUCAACUGCCCGCUCUGCCGCGCCGACGUCGUCGUCUUGGACUCGGCGGCCACCGGCGGUUCGGAGCCACCUGCCGACGCUCAGCAAGUUUCUGAAACCUUGAGCCAGGAGCAGCCGGUCCCGGCUCAAGGGCAGAACGAGCAGCAAGAGCUGCGCGUACAGAUCGAUCGGCGCUGCCGGUCGAGGUCGCCGGAGCCACAGCGCAGGAGGACCGAGAAUUUUCGCCGCGUAGCUUCCAUGGACUCGUCGGUGGUGUCCGUCGGGGCCGGGCUGGUUCUGGAAGACAAGCGGAGCAGUACAGAAGACCAGGGGGACGGCGAGGUGCCAUCGGGCUCUGGACGUUUGCGGUAUUUGUCCGGCGGUGGUCGGCGGUCUCGCCUCUCGGGACAUCGCCGCAUCAGCAGCUCCAUGCUUCCGUCUUGACCGCCAGGAAAUAUUCCAUGGGUCGCGUGAGCCCGUAGGUUCUUGAGAUUGAGCAGUGCCAGUGCUAUAGUCGUGUACACAAGUUGCAAACUCAAAAUGCCCGGUUACAUGUCAGAUAUAGCCGAAUCAUGUGUGAAAUUCAGAUGUAAUGUCGGAACUCUGUUUUUUCAAAGAGACUGAUGGUCUGCUGCCACAGUUUCAUAGUCGUCUAUGGUAUUGCUCACUGAAGCUGAGAGCAA